AAUGUUUGGUACGGUAUUUUAAUUUUUUGUAAUUGUUUUGCGAGAAAUAUCUCAAUUUUAAUACUUUUAACACUGUUUCAGUUUAUUCUAAUAAUUACAUGCGGAGAAGUAUUCUCAAAUAAUGAAGAAAACACUGGAUUCGAUCAGUCGUUGGGUACCGAGAGCAUUUUAGAGGAUGUGAAAUCUGGACCUGUGCGUAUCCGACGUUAUACCAGAGGGCGAAGCCGGGAAAAUGAGAAAAAGAGAGACGACGAGGAUGAUGCUUCCUAUGACUAUAGUUCGGAGUAUGAGGCUAUGCCAAAAGCUUUCAAGGGAAGUCGUUAUAGCGCCUAUAAGGAUGAUAAAGACUCUAAGGAUAAAUACGAUUAUCCUUAUAAUUACGAUAGUGGCUAUGACCACAAAGAAUAUGACAGAAUCAAAGAAUUAUCGGAUAAACAAGCUGCAGAAAUUAAAGAAAAUCCUGGUAACUGCAAGGAAGUUAAGCGAGAUGGAAUGACCUGUAAUGUAUGCAAGGACCCCAAAACGGGUGGUAAUUAUGAAUCCUGUUCAUACCAGGCUGAACCGAAAAAUAAUAAAUAUGCUUAUUCAAAGGAAAAAAACUUUGACAGCAACGAUGAACCCGAUGAUAAAUCUGGCGAAGAAAAUGAUAAGCCCGCAAAAAUAAAAAACUAUGAAGACUCCCCGGAUGACAAAACGGGUCCACAAAAAUUUUCUGAUUCCGAAGAAAAGCCUUCUAAUAACUAUAAACGUGGCGACGAUGAUGAUAAAUAUAAAUCAUAUUAUAUUCAUACUUCCAAUCCCAAGCCUAGUGAGGCGUUACGAGCAUCAAGCGAAGAAAAUAACGACGAUAGGACCAAAUCGAAAGGAUACGACUAUCAAAAGGCACUGCCAGGAUUUUAUUCGGACAAUGAACCAAAGAAAGAUGUGGAACAUGUACUAGCAGAAUUUAAAAAGAAGGACAGAUCGGCAUGUAAUAAGGUUCAGAAAAACGGAAUGACAUGUUUUCAGUGCCUUGAUAAGGCUGGAUUGAAACAUGAAGAGUGUAUGUUUGUUUCCGAGUCGGCCCCCAAGAAAAGUCAUUUGGCAUAUCAGGAAGUUAAAGAAUUUACAUCUAAACCUGCUACGCUCGAAGAAGGCAACGAAGGUUCGGAAAGUCAAACUAUAACCACAAGUACGCCCCCAUUACAAACGUCAGCGAUAAGUAAACGAUCGAAUAAACAGAAACGAAAGAAGGCAACACACGCAUCUCUAGCUGCGUCUGCUAGUAAUCCUGUAGCUGCGACUGCAACUAAACAAAGGUCCGUAAAAGUUAAAAGAAGUCAGAAUAGUGAAGUAAAUGAAGAAAAGCCCUUCGCUGAUGAGCCAAAUAUUGCCCCGCCGGAGGAAUUUGCAGGUGCCGAUUCAAAAGGUGCAUUUUGGGCAGAAACUGUCCCACGUUACAGCGCAGAUUUAGGCGUUUCUUUACCGGAAUACAUGCUCUCAAGAUCAGAUCAUGAGGCUUCAUUUGAUGAGUUAGUCUUAGGAGCUUAAGAUAAGACCUCAGUAAUACUUAGAUAUGAUUACUAAAACAGGAUCGUGUCUUAACCCCAUUCCGAGACUAUACACCGCCUAGUUAUUUCUGUUUAUAAUUGUGAACCAAAAGAACUAUGUAACAUUUGUAAUGUAAAAGUGGAAGGGUAUUUUUACAGACUUAUUUUAAUAUUAUUAAAGCUAGGCGUUUUAUAAUACUACGAACAAUACUUAUUAUGAUUACGUUGUUAAAUUUUAAGAUAGGUGUCUAGCCUAUCUAGUUAUUGUUGACUAGUUUUAUUUUAUAAAUAAAUAUUUUUAUAUAA